AUGCAGGGGGUGCAGAGAGUACCGGGGGUGCCGGCGAUACCGGGGAUGCAGCGGGUGCGGGGGUACCGGGGAAACCGAGAGUACCAGGGGUGCAGGGAGUACCGGGGGUACCGGAGUGCAAUUCUGAGCUGUGGGAUCUCAAGAAAGCACAAGGUGCCAGGACAGCCCUGUGAUGCUCUGCAGCAGUUUGUCCCUGCAGCCCUGACUGCUCUGUUUGUGUUGCAGCUGGCAGGACUGGCUGUCGUUGCCUUUGGGCUGUGGCUGCGGUUUGGUGGGCCCAUGGCAGAGUUUGCUACAGACAAAAAAUCCCCGGAACUUUUCUUCAUGGGACUCUAUGUACUGGUGGGAGCAGGGGCCAUCAUGUCAGCAGUUGGAUUUUUCGGGUGCUGUGGAGCAGCACGGGAGUCCCAGUGCCUAAUUGGAACAUUCUUUGCUUGCCUGUUGGUGAUAUUUGCAGGUGAGGUCACUGCUGGAGUAUUUGCCUUCCUAGGCAAGAAAGUGGCAAUACAGGAAGCCCAGAAAAUCUAUGAAGAUGCUUAUGAGGACUACAUGAAAAACCCAGUGGGGAAGGUGAACAGUACCAUCUAUCGCUACCACGUGGCCCUCCAGUGCUGUGGUAAAGGUAAUGUGGAACAACAAAAGGAAUUACCCUGUGCAGAGAACAUCCAGCUGCCAAAGAACUGCCUGGUUGAAAUUCGGAAUGUAAUUGAUACUCAUCUGCACUUAGUUGGAAUUGUUGGAAUUGCAAUUGCUAGCAUCACAAUCUUUGGCAUGAUAUUCAGCAUGGUUCUGUGCUGUACGAUCCGUAACAUGAGAGAAAUGAUCUAAAACUGUCACUGCACAACUAUGCCAGGAGUUCCAGACUAAGCUUACAAGAAGUGCUCUUCUACCCAAUUUAAUAAUUGUAAUGCAUUUUAAUCAGUGUUUUAACAUACUGAGAGGAAAAUAUCCCAUUAGGUGAUCAGGUGAAUUGUAUUAGUUACAGUAAAACUGAAGUGAACAAAAAAGGGGGUUUAAAAUGUCCUUUUUAAUGAAAAAAAAAGCAAAGGUGGAUCUAAGACUAAUUUGAUUUUUAAUGUUUGUAUAUGUGCAAUUAAGAGUUUACACAUGUAUGGACUUUGUGUGAGCACAUGCAUCUCUGUCCUUACAAACGCCUGGAUGUGAGCAGCUCCCUGGAUGUGCAGCACCUGCAGGUGGAGCACGCUGUGUGUGCAUCCAGUGUCCCUGUGCAGGAUGUGCACGUCCCACAGACAUAGUGCCCUCUCACACCCAGCCCGUUUGCCAAGAAUCAGCAGAGGCACAAAUGCCAUUGUAAAAAGUAACACCUGUGAUCCAUUUUGUGACUUUAUUUUCUAAAGCCCAAACAGAGUAGAACUAAUAAAAUUGGACUUUAAAAAAAUUAUUAAUGCCUAAGGGCUUGCUCCAGGCAACUUGACUUCAUGUGAGCAGACUCACUGACUUCGCUGCCAUGAGAGACUGGGUAUUUAGUUUUUGUAGGACUGGACCCUUCAUACAAAUUCAGAAAGUUCUGGGGGAGAAAACACACCCAAGGAGAUCCAGGUUAAAGGAAGAGGGGGAAGGAGGUGGGAAGCUGGCAAGACCAGGCAGUCAUUUAGGACCAACUGAAGUGCAAAGUGUGCUUAAGCUUCCCAAGCUAGGCUGAGAUACACAAAAAAAACCCAAUUAUGAGUUCAAGGGGCCACUAAAAUCCAUAUGCAGCAGCCCCUUUGUCCCAAAAGCCUCACUGUGGCUACAAAGUGGUGCAGGAGUGGAGCCUAGGUCCAGAAAAGCAGCCCCUUUUCAGAUCUCUGGAGAAUCUAACUGGCCUGUGGAAGCCAAACAAAGAGUGAAAGUGUUCAGAAAAAGA